UUCCGGAGGGGUGGAUUGGUCUACGUGGGGUUCGUGCUCUGUUACAUGUGGAAUUGGUACACGCUCCCGGUCUCGGCCUUGUCUGUCGAGGUCUCAGUGUAGACCUGGUGUAUCAGAAACAGAACCAGGAAAGUGCACGAGGCCUGCAUGUCCAGUUAAAUCAACGUGGAAUAACUGGUUGUCAUGGGAAUCGUGUUCCGUGACGUGUGGGCGAGGCGUGAGACAACGCCGCCGGGAGUGUGCUGACGUGAGCCCGGGUAUAGAGGGGCGUUGCCUCGGGCCAGGGAUGGACACGGACAUGUGUGACACAUUCAUCACGUGUCAAGAAUGCGAGAAGUGUAUCCCAGGUCCGGCUGGCCGGAAGUAUGUAGGAUGUCCACACGACUGUGCUAGGUAUGUCCAUUGUCCGGCUUCAGGUUAUGACACGCUAGAGAAGAUGUGUCCACACGGCCUGCUGUGGAGCAAUGGUCAGCAAAAGUGUGUCCAGCCGACCGACUCGGAAUGUGAUGUGUGUUCUGAGAAGCUGUCUGGCAGUGAAGUUUGGUAUUCGUGUAAGGAAUUCUGGAAAUGUGGGGGCGACCACGGCAAACUCCAACUCCAGUGUUGUCCCGACGGUUUCCUGUUUAUCGCUGGUCUAGGGUGCAUGAAAGAUGUCGACAACUCGUGCAAGAAGCAAUGCUAUGCACAGCCGUCUUUGGAUGACCAAACGAAAAACUGUACCUAUCGCCCUUCUGCUCUGGGAGCCUACUGGUUCGAAGACCUAACAUCAGACUUACGAAAGACUCGAGCAUGCCCUGUUGGUACCCAGUUUUCACCGCAAGUGUGUCAGUGUGUCAUGGCGUAUGACCUUCCACCCGCCGUAUCUUUCAACAGAGGGUGCCACACAAUGGUGAACAUGGCUUUCCGGUCACGUGACCAGGACACGGAGAAUACCCCUUCUAAGGUUCGCUACAAGAAUGUUGCGUACAUCAACAACGAGAGCGCCAUGUUGCGACAGGACAGCAGUAUCUCUUUCUGGUACUUCUCCAAUAUAGACAUGGGAGAUAUGCUAUUUCUGCACAUGCGCAUCCUCCCAGAAUUAGCAGCGCCCCCUCAGGCCAUUCUUCACAACGGGGGCUGUGAGACCUUCUCCAAACCAACUCUGAUGGUAGGAAUGGACACAGCAGACACCAUUUCUGAAGUCGUGUAUAUUUUUGGCAUAACAUUAGAUGAAACAGACGAGAUGGUUUUUCUAAAUGUAACCGCAAAGCGCAGUUCUGAAUACAGCGAUGUGCUACUUCGUUUCGACGGCUCAACUUUGGAUGUGGAGGUCAACGGAAAGAUGGCAGAAUCGAAAUUCGAAACAAAAGGUAGCAUAGCCCGUAGUCGCGGCCCCUUACAACUUGGCGGGAAAGCAUGCAGCAUCGGAUACAACGCGUUUUCUGGACUUGUCGAUAUGAUUGAAGUUACAACCUGUGGCAAAGACUGAACAAAGAGCUCCUGUAGAGCCAAACGUCGGCCACCAGACAACUCGCCGUAAAAUACUGUUUAUAUACGAAGACAUCAUUAUUUCUGUAUCUUAAAGUUCAGCAUAUCCCCUGAACGAUGGUAUUGUCAUCCUUCAUUUCAACUCCAUUAGCAAGAGAGGCUUUAAGCUCCUAUUAACAUAGGCAGAUAAAGAACUUUAUAUAAUGUGUCAUUUCCUAACACUUAUUUCGGAUGCAAGAAGACUGAUAAGUCAUGGUGUACUUAUUUUAUGACGACAUCUAACCUUCUUCCUGCUAAAGUAGGCGAACACAAAGGUAAUAAUGAUAAAUAAUGCAAACCAUACUUCUAUGAAAUUAUGGAACGAUUUACCAAACAAUAUCAGUGAGCAGCAACCUGUUAAUGAAAUGAACAUUACUCUUUUUAUGCUCAAAAUCGUUAGUAGAAUUAUUUGAGGUCACGGUUUAAUCGUUAGUAGAAUGUAUCUGAGGUCACAGGUCACGGUUUAAUCGUUAGUAGAAUGUAUUUGAGGUCACAGGUCACGGUUUAAUCGUUAGUAGAAUGUAUUUGAGGUCACAGGUCACGGUUUAAUCGUUAGUAGAAUGUAUCUGAGGUCAUAGGUCACGGUUUAAUCGUUAGUAGAAUGUAUUUGAGGUCACGGUUUAAUCGUUAGUAGAAUGUAUUUGAGGUCACGGUUUAACCGUUCAUGCUAUAUUUUAACGUAUGAUUUGUACAGAGUUGAUAUUGUGAGGGAUCUGACGUGUGGAUGUUGAAAUAAAUGUGACA